GCAGCAGCAGCAGCAGUGAAAAGGAAGCAAGCCCUGAUAUUUUUAAACUUAAGUGGUUGCGUGAGCUUCCUGAUCUGUCUGGUCUAAGACUGUCUUGUAUUUUGCCCAAAAUGGAGCUUCAGGGUGAACUGAGAUUAGCUGUGGUGGUGGUAAUGGUUAGGUAUGGAGAUACUUUUUUGUUAUGGAGUUAUACACGUAUAUAAUGGCAGUAAUCACUUAACGUAGCCUCUGAUUUUUGACCUCUCCUCUGCUUCCCUGAAAUUGUUGCUCUGCUUUUUGGUUCGUCAUUAGUGUGGAUGUUUAGUUUUUGAUCCCUGCCUCAUGUCUCCUUUUAAUCUCCUCGAAUAACCAUAAGGUCUAGCUCUGGUAGAGAUGGGUGUCUGCUCCAUACUCUCUCUCAGAAAGGCAGAUUUGUGAUUUUCUUCAGAUGGUUGAGAAGGAAGAUGAGCGUGUGGUGUGACUACAAGUGGGAUGUGUUAGUGAGCGUGGGAUGACCGCGUGCAUGCUUCAUGUGGGCUGUGUGAGAUGAGUGUGUGGUGAGUCAUGUGUAUGCACGUGCCACAUGUGUGAGCAUGUGUGCACUGAUGUGUGUGAAGGUGUGUGGUGAGUACACGCACACAUACCAGCUGGCUAAUGGCGUGAAGGAGGCAUGGAUAGCGUGACGAUGUUGGGUGUCCUCAGGUGAGUGCCUUCACGUGCAGAAUGCUACUCCCUGGUUAGGAAACCUCGUCCAGAGCUAGAAAGCCACUUCUCCUCUCUCUGUACCCCCGGCUGGUUUGGGGUUCUCAGCGCCGCCCCUUUCUGAGAAAGGAGGGGGCGGGGAUCCAUUUCAGCAUCUGUGUUCAGACUGAUUGCCAGGUCAGUCCUGACCGUUCAGAGUUCAGUAGCCGCCAGGCAUGCAGCGCUCGGGAGGGGGAGUGUGGAGACUGCCCCCAACUGCGGGAGGGGGGGUUGCUUUGAACUUGGGCCGUCACAAACCUGGCGUCAUGUCAUUCCUGGCUGUGUGGGUCACUGACAUGCUGGCAAACCAUGGGGUCCCGCAGAGCUCAGAGGGGAGCUCUGCCAGCCAUGGUUGAAGCUGACAGUGUGCGUAGAUCCUCAGGGCGAGGGGCUUGUUUACCUGCGAUGGUGAGGCCAUCCAUGUGGGGCCCAGACUUCCUACAGGGGGCGGGGAAUCACUGUCUCCAGUGUAUUACCACACACUGUGGAUCAAUACGAGGGGACAUCCUUUCCCAGUAUUUAGUUUUCGAAACCCUUUUCACCGGGGCCAGCCUCGCUCCAAACUUUAGGAAGAACCUUCUGUUCUCGUAACCACAGGAAGUACGUUUCCUGCAGAUGACUGUCCUGCACUUCUGUUAAUGUGGUCCUGGGUUGCGUAGACUUAAAUUAUCCUGGGGCUAUUAAUUUCUGGGAUAUCCUCUGGACUGUUUUAUAGGUGCUUGUAAAAAGGAAAAGGCAAAUCCACUGGGUCAGUGUGGAGUAGGGUGGGGCUGUCCUCUUGUUUCACCCUAAGUAAUGAUAUCUAGAAAUUAUCUAUAAUUUUGAUCCAGUAGUCCCACUUGUAGGAAUCUAGCCUGAAGGGCUACCUGGAUGAGCUCAGCCGUGUGCAGAUAAGGAGGUUUGUGGAAGCAAUUUUGGAAGAGUGCCCUGGGGAGGUGUUCACCAGUAGCCGAGUCAUCUACGUUGGAAGUCUGGACGUACCGAGGCCCAACAGCAGAGUGGAGAUUGUGGCUGCCAUGCGCCGGAUCCGGUAUGAGUUUAAAGCCAAGAACAUCAAGAAGAAGAAGGUGAGCAUUAUGGUUUCAGUGGAUGGAGUGAAAGUGAUUCUGAAGAAGAAGAAAAAGCUUCUUUUAUUGCAGAAAAAGGAGUGGACGUGGGAUGAGAGCAAGAUGCUGGUGAUGCAGGACCCUAUCUACAGGAUCUUCUACGUCUCUCAUGAUUCCCAAGACUUGAAGAUCUUCAGCUAUAUCGCUCGAGAUGGUGCCAGCAAUAUCUUCAGGUGUAACGUCUUUAAAUCCAAGAAGAAGAGCCAAGCUAUGCGAAUCGUCCGGACGGUGGGGCAGGCCUUCGAGGUCUGCCACAAGCUGAGCCUACAGCACACACAGCAGAAUGCUGAUGGCCAGGAAGACGGGGAGAGCGAGAGGAACAGCAGCAGCUCAGGAGACCCAGGUCGCCAGCUCACCGGAGCCGAGAGGACCUCCACGGCCACCGCAGAGGAGACGGACAUCGAUGCGGUAGAGGUCCCACUCCCAGGGAACGAUGCCCUGGAAUUCAGCCGAGGUGUGACCGACCUUGAUGCUGUAGGGAAGGAAGGAGGCUCCCACACAGACCCCAAGGUCUCGCCCCACCCCCAGGAGCCUAUGCUGACAGCUUCACCCAGGAUGCUCCUUCCCUCUUCUUCCUCAAAGCCCCCGGACUUGGGUGCGGGCACACCACUGUCCACCCACCACCAGAUGCAGCUUCUCCAGCAGCUCCUCCAGCAGCAGCAGCAGCAGACGCAAGUGGCUGUGGCCCAGGUUCACUUGCUGAAGGACCAGCUGGCUGCUGAGGCCGCAGCACGGCUGGAGGCCCAGGCUCGUGUGCACCAGCUCCUGCUGCAGAACAAGGACAUGCUCCAGCACAUCUCCCUGCUGGUCAAGCAGGUGCAGGAGUUGGAGCUGAAGCUGUCGGGACAGAAUGCCAUGGGCUCGCAGGACAGCUUGUUGGAGAUCACCUUCCGCUCUGGAGCCCUGCCUGUGCUCUGUGACCCCACGACCCCGAAGCCGGAGGACCUACACUCGCCGCCCCUGGGCGCGGGCUUGGCUGACUUCGCCCACCCAGCGGGCAGCCCCUUAGUCGACCACAGCAUGUUUGAGAACCUGAACACAGCCCUUACUCCCAAGCUCCAGUCAAGCCGCUCCUUCCCCCACUUGUCCAGGCCAGCGGCCCCCAGCGCUGCUGCUCAGGGGUCUGCGGAGUCCGGGGGGCCCGGACUCUGGGUGGGCAGCAGUCAGCACCUCAAGAGCCUGGGCAAAGCGGUGGGGGCCAAAGUGAAUGACUUCCUGCGGAGAAAGGAGCCCUCGAGCCUGGGCAGCGUGGGCACAACAGAGGUCAACAAGACCGCAGGGGCCCAACUGACCGGCGGGGCUGACGGGGAUGACGGAAGGUCAGCCCUGCAAGAAGCAUUCCCUCGGCUGGAUCCUCCACCUCCUGCCACCAGGAAGCGAACCCCUCGGGCCCUGAAGACCACCCAGGACAUGCUGAUUUCGUCACAGCCUGUCCUAAGCAGUCUGGAGUAUGGGACAGAGCUGUCAUCUGGGCCACCCCAGGUCUCGUCUUCCGCCCAACCCAGCCCAGCCGAUGCUUCCCAGCCAGAGGCCACCACGGAGGUGGUGGACAGGGAUGACGCUCUGCCCAAUGGAGAGGUUUCCGUGUCGGUACCUGACCUCAUCCACAAAGACAGCCAGGACGACCCCAAGCUCAAGGUGACUGAGUGCCGAAGGGCCUCCUCCCCUGGCCUCAUGGAGAGAAAUGGCCUCAAACUCAGCCUGAGCCCCAUCAGCCUGGCCGAGUCUCCGGAGGACGGCAGCCCACCUCCGCGGGCGCGGACCUCCAGUGUUGACAAUGAGGGCCCUCACCCAGACCUGCUGUCCUUUGAGUAGAGCUGCUGAGCGCCCUCCCUCUGCCCUCUCCUCCACCGUGCACCCUGGCUCUGCCCUCUCUCCUGCUGUCUGUCCCCCUUGCACAAGGCAUGGCAGAGUGAUUCUCCUGGUGAUUGCAGGGCCGCAGGUCCAAGUGGUUGUAUAGUCCAAGAGUCUGUCCAUGGAAUGGAAAAGUACUCCUUUGGGUGCCAUCCCAGCUUCUCUGCAUGCUGGCUGCAGCCCUUGGAUGUUGGGGCACCUCUGCUCCCACGGUGCCCUGGCUUCCCAUGGGCGUGCAGGGCCAGCAGCCCAGGAUGAAGGCUGUUCUCUUUGCCUGUCUUCCAAAUGCCGCCUGCUCUUCUCUUUCCCUCGCCCUCCUGGUUCCUUCCUUCUCCUCCCUGGGCGCCCAGAGGCCUCCUGCCUCAGGGGCAGUCAGAUUGGAUGGGGGAUGCUGGGUUUGGCUUGGUGACGGGCCCAGACCCAGAAAGCCAUACCAGAGCACAGCGCAGCCGCAGCUUUUCCUGGUCACAAGACACUGCAGGCCUCGGGCUGUCCCCUUGCCUCUGCCCAUGUGGAUGCAGGCUGAGGGAGAUACUUAUGCCUGAGACCCUGGGCAGCCUUGUAGCCCAACGUUCACAGGGGCUUAUCCUCUAGACGGGGAGCAUGGUGAGCCCUCCCUGGGGCAGGGCAUGGAGCCAGCCGCUGAGGGCACCUGCCCAGCGUGGGAGUGUCCAGAGGUUUUGGGAAUGAUGGUGCCCCAGCUAUGCUUGUGCUCCCUGCCCAGAAGGAGGGGCCCGGGCUUCCCACGCUGUGCGUGAAGACAUGGCUAGGCAGGCCCUUGCAGAAGCAGCAGAGCAAGUUCUGAUGUCAUUCGGGGGGAGGGCCCGGGAACCUGGCAUCCAGGGAGCUGGUCCCGAGAGAACACGGAGCAGUAGUGGAGAAGGCCAUGGGAAGAGUAGUCAUUAGGACUCAGGGCAGCUAUGGGGCCUCACAGCCUGCCGAGAUGUAGUUCCAGGCUCUAGGCAUGCUAAGUGCGAGGACGAAGGUGAAGAGUGUGAGGACCAAGGUGGAGGGUGUGAGAGGUUGGAGUGUGGUGAGAGGCUGGGCAGGCUGCCCUUGAGGAGGAGGCACUCUGCUCUUGGCCUGAAGGCGCUCUCUGUGCGCCUGCUCUGGGGUCUCUGUGACGGACUGGCAGUUCCCCCAGCUGCACUGGGUCCGCCCUCCUGUGUUAACCCACCUCUGUGUUCCUGUCUCCCACCAGGAGUCCUGUCCUGCUGCUUUCCUGUGGCCAGGAGACCCUGUCAGGGGUUGAUCCCAACCUUGGGGGCCUUUGCAGCAAGAAGAGAACGCGCCUUUUCUUAAGCAGGGUGGCUGGUCCCUGGGAGAAGGCUGAGGGGGCUCGUCCGGCCAGAGCAGGGUCUUCAUUCCUCUUCCUGCAAUUCCUGCUGCCUCCUCCAUUUCUAGUCAUCGCUUGGCUUCCCCUUCUGGGCGCCCCAGAGCUCACUGCACACUUCCUCUCGUCACCCAAUUCCUGCUCCCCCCUCACCACCUCUGUGGACCCGGGAGCCUCGGGGGAUCACCAGCGUGCAGGCUGCUCCUGCCCUGUGUGCUCGUGUCUGCAGCCACACGGCCAGGCCACAGCUCUGCCACGGCCUUGUCUUUUCACAGCAACGCUUUGUCUCUUCCUCAGAAGGGUCCCAGCACCCCAGGCACCAGGCAGGCCAUUGUGAAGUGAGCAAGGCUGUUACCGAAUUGAGUCGAUCCUGCCUUAUUCCAGAAACAUCACAAGGAUGCGAUAUCUGCCCUCGAUGCUCAGAAGUUCUUAGGACUAGCAUUUUGGGGGCCUGUAAGUUUUCCCAUAUUGGCUUGGGGUUCUGCACAAAUCACAGAGCUGGGGGUGGGGAACAGAGCUAAACCCACAUGCUGGGAGCUAGCCCCCUUUCAUUUGCACUUCCAUACCAGAAGUUCACUUUGCUUCUGAUGGGAAACUUACUUGACUACCUACACUCUGGUCUGCUGGUCUCCCAGGGACCAGCGUGCCUCUGGCUGGGUGAUACUGUUGCCAUAGGUACAGAGGUGGCAGGCCAGGGCUGGUUCAAACACCCUGCUGUCUGCUCCCCACCCAGACGCCACUGAGGCCCGGGAGUCAGCACACGCAUCCUGUCAGGCUGUCCCAGGACCAUGGACAGGGUGACGCCAGAGUUCCUCAGGCUCGUGUCCAGUGCUGAAUGAGGAAGGGGCUGUGGGACUCUGUGUCAGUGUCCAGGUGGCCUCUCUCUGGUCGCCACCUCAGCCAUUCUUCUGCAGCAGCGGGUGGGGGAGCUCUCUGAGGCUAAAAUCGAGUCCUAAAUGCUGCAGAGAGUGCCUGGUACUAGGGGACAAGGGGUUCCCAAAGGCCGACAGGAACAGCAAUGUCUAUGGGCCCCCCGAGGGCCCUGGCACAGACCAGCUGUCUAUGUAAAACCCCACUUGGCUUCCUGUGUCCAUCUCAACACCUGACCUUCCUGUAACUGCAAUAUGCUGUCAUCCCUGACACACACACACACCCCUCAGGGUGACUCCAGCUUCUCUGGAGGCUUCACCCUGACUGAGGUGGCUCAGUCUGCUCAAGGACAGGGCACCAAGGAGAAAUGUCUUCUAUGUCCUCAGAAGGAAGUGGGGCCAUGGAGUUUUUUUCACAUUCUGGUCCCACUCCCCUGUAUCCCCAUAUUCAACAAUAGCUUUACCAUGACAGAUGGAAGGUGAGCUUCCAGAACCUGGCAAAAAGGUGGCAUAUUCAUACUCCCCUGGCACAGAGAGAAAUGUAAUGUGUUAACAAAUGUGGGUGAUGAAGACCUUCUUGUAAUCCAUCAGCUUUUAAAGAACCAAGAGGUUGGCCCCAGUUUAGGGGAAGAAGAAUAUUACAGAGCUAUUCCGAGUAUUUUCUAGAGAUUUUAUAUUUAUAUUUUUAGUAAUUUUCUGGUAGAAACAAUACAAUAAAAUGGUUUGGUUUGGU